GAGCAGUGUCAAGGCAGCAGUGCCGCUGACACAAGUGGCGGGACCCUGUCGUUAUUUCCACCACCUCUAUCACAGUUUUAACAAGCUCUCCUAAGGACGGAAACAUAUCGGGACUAAAAGCUUUGCACGUAUACUGUUGAUUUUGGACUCCAUCAGCAGAUCCUGCGCUGGAGGGGGGGUUCUCGUUUACCCCAUUGUGGACGGAGGAGUUUUUCUUUGCGUUCAUGUGUAUUACGCCCUGUCUGUAAUGGGUAAAAGUGGACUGAGAAGUGGAGUAGCGCUGGGGGGCUCCAGCUUGGUGAGAAUGUGUGCGACGGCGGGGAUCCUGCUUCUGUUGGUGUUUGUACACCCAGGAGUCGCUCAAGUGAGAGAUGAUGAUGAUUUCCUAAGCCUAAGUGAGCUCCCGGAAACGUUUCCUUCAGACCCCCCGGAGCCCUUACCUCACUUCCUGUUUGAACCUGAGGAGGGCUACAUUGUCAAAAAUAAGCCAGUCAAUCUCUACUGCAAAGCGACGCCGGCCACACAGAUUUACUUUAAAUGCAACAGCGAGUGGGUCCAUCAGAAGGACCACACUGUGGAGGAAAGGGUUGACGAAAACUCUGGUCUGGUGGUGAGAGAGGCCAGUAUAGAAAUAACACGGCAGCAAGUGGAGGAGCUGUUUGGACCUGAAGAUUACUGGUGUCAAUGCGUGGCCUGGAGCUCCGCUGGAACCACCAAAAGCCGCAAGGCACAUGUCCGCAUUGCAUACCUAAAGAAGUCAUUUGAACAGGAACCCCUGGGGAAGGAAGUGUCACUGGAGCAGGAGGUUCUGUUACAGUGUCGCCCUCCGGAGGGCAUACCAGCUGCUGAGGUGGAGUGGUUGAAGAAUGAGGAAAUAAUUGACCCAGCAGAGGACAGAAACUUCUACAUCACCAUUGACCACAACUUGAUCAUCAAACAGGCGCGUCUGUCUGACACAGCCAAUUAUACAUGUGUGGCUAAAAACAUAGUAGCCAAAAGACGAAGCACUACAGCGACCGUUAUUGUCUACGUAAACGGUGGCUGGUCCACAUGGACAGAGUGGUCCCCGUGCAACAGUCGCUGUGGACGAGGCUUCCAGAAGCGUACCAGGAGCUGCACUAACCCCGCCCCUCUUAAUGGAGGACUACCCUGUGAUGGACAGGCCAUACAAAAACUGCCCUGUACCACAUUGUGCACUGUGGAUGGAGUGUGGACAGAGUGGAGCAAGUGGUCAGCCUGUGGGACAGAAUGCACCCAGUGGAGAAGGAGGGAGUGCAACAACCCAGCCCCUAAAAAUGGUGGAAAGGACUGCGAGGGGCUGGUGCUCCAGUCUCAAAACUGUACUGAUGGACUCUGCAUGCAAAGUUCAUUGUUUCAGAAGUCCACUGAGUCCAAAGAAAAGACUGAUUUGGGAAUUCCAUCUGCCCCAAGUACAGAUGAUGUGGCACUCUACGUGGGCAUCGUCAUCGCAGUGAUUAUGUGCCUGGUCAUCUCCGUCAUUGUGGCGCUCUUUGUGUAUCGCAAAACUCACCGCGACUUUGACUCAGACAUCAUCGACACCUCAGCGCUGAAUGGAGGCUUCCAGUCUGUAAAUAUCAAGACGGCCAGAUCAGCCGAUCUACUGACAGCUCCCCCUGACUUGACAAAUGCUGCUGCAAUGUACCGAGGUCCAGUUUAUGCCCUUCACGAUGUGUCGGAUAAAAUCCCAAUGACCAACUCUCCUCUCUUGGAUCCUCUCCCUAACUUGAAGAUCAAAGUGUACAACUCAUCUGGUCUGGUCACACCACAGGAUGACCUCGGAGGAGAUAUCACAUCUAAACUGUCUCCUAAGGUUACUCAGUCUCUGUUGGAAAAUAAUGACACUAUGAACCUUCGUAAUCAAAGCUUGGCUCGGACUCGAGAUCCUUCUUGUACAGCACACGGAUCUUUCAACAGUCAGGGAGGACAUCUUAUCGUGCCCAACUCUGGUGUGAGCUUGUUGGUUCCAGCAGGAGCUGUCCCUCAGGGUCGGGUGUAUGAGAUGUGUGUGACUGUGCACAGGAAGGACAGCUUGAGACCCCCGGUUGAAGAUAUCCAGACAGUGCUGAGCCCAGUGGUGAGUUGUGGGCCUCCAGGAGCCCUGCUGACCAGACCAGUGAUCCUCACCAUCCACCACUGUGCAGACAAUGUCCAGGAAGACUGGCUCAUACAACUCAAGAACCAGUUGGCUAUGGGAGAGUGGGAGGACGUGGUUGUAGUUGGAGAGGAAAACUUCACCACCCCCUGCUAUGUGCAGAUGGACUCGGAGGCAUGUCACAUUCUGACAGAGACGCUGGGGACUUACUGCCUGGUGGGCCAGUCAGUCAGCAAAGCAGCUGCUAAGAGGCUCAAAUUGGCAGUUUUUGGGCCUAUUUCAUGCACAACUUUGGACUAUCACAUCAGGGUCUACUGUCUGGAUGACACUCAAGAUGCACUUAAGGAGGUUCUUCAGAUGGAGACCCAAAUGGGAGGGAAGCUUUUGGAUGAGCCAAAGACUCUGAACUUCAAAGACAGCACACAUAAUCUGAGACUGUCAAUCCACGAUGUGCCACACACACACUGGAAGAGCAAACUCAUCGCAAAAUAUCAGGAGAUCCCAUUCUACCAGGUGUGGAGUGGAAGUCAGAGAACUCUUCACUGUACUUUUACCCUGGAGAGACUAAGUUCAGCCACCACAGAGAUGAGCUGCAAACUGUGUGUGCGGCAGGUAGAAGGAGAAGGACAAAUUUUUCAGCUCAGCAACACACUGGAGGAGGAGGUCCAGUGCAUAGACACAUCCCUGAUGGACCCUGCCAGCAAUAUCACAACCUUAACAGGGCCUAAUGCCUUCCGUAUUCCUUUAUCCAUCAGACAGAAGUUGUGUGGCAGCCUGGAUGCACCGCAGACCAGAGGCAAUGACUGGAGGAUGCUGGCUCACAAACUCAACCUUGACAGGUACCUGAACUACUUUGCCACCAAGUCCAGCCCAACAGGUGUAAUCCUGGAUCUCUGGGAGGCCCAACACUUCCCUGACGGAGACCUAAAUGAACUGGCUGCUGUGCUGGAAGAAAUGGGUCGCCAUGACAGCAACCUCGCCUCCAUGACAUCGGAACACUGACAAAUCACCAUAGUUUGUUGCUAUGACAAUGACAGAACUCUGGAGAUGAAUACAUGUAUAUUCCCGGUGUUCGAUACUGCAACUAGAGAAGUGAACCAGUUAGAUGUGAGCAAGAGAAAAUCCGUCACCAUGGUGAUUACCAGGGUAAUCAUGCUAACACAGUAAUGGAGAAAAUGAGAGGCAGUAAAGCUGAAGCCUGAAGUAGGUGUAUAUCUUUGUGUGUGUAUUUCCAAGAUGUCGAGAUAACAGGAAAGAAAACCUUACCUAUCAGGUACAAACUAAAUAUACACACGCCUAAAAGACACAAAAAAGAGUGAAAAACACUUGUAUAGUAACACCAGUUAUUUUCAUGUUGUUACUUCAGUACUGAACCAACAAGCAAAGAAAAAUAGAAACACAGGUGCUGACCUUGAAAAGCUAUGUAGGAAUGGAACAGAAUCAUACAGGGAGAGAAGGUAAACUAAUUACAGAAGAGAAAGAGAAGGUAGAUUGAGGAUAAACAAAGAGUGAGGUUGACUCUUUAGAAAGAUGACAGCAAACAAAGAGAGCAGUUAAACUGAUUAGAAAAGAGAGGAAGGACAUAAUCAUAAAAUGAUGGAAGCAGUGGCAGGUGAUCAUCCGGAUGGAAAACAGGUAAUGAGAAGGGAGACAAAGAAGUGACUCUCCUCUCGUGAGCCUUGGCUGUACGUGUUUGUCAGUACAGUUUGUUGUCUUUAUAUCGUUUCUUAGGGAACGCUCUAUGUAUUCUGCUGUCCAUAUAUGUGGAUCAUUUCCUGCAAGAGAACUUGCUACACAGAAGUAAUACAUCAAGGAUCCUGACCAGAAACAACCCUGAGAUAACAGCUUUCCCCUUUAAGCUUAUUUGUAAGGACUGUUUAGGUUUUGUAAUAGUAAAAGAGUAAGGGUUUGUGGCUUUCUAAACACUUAAACAUUUCCAGGUCACUAAUGAUGUCAAUGCAUUUAAUUUUCUCAAAAGAAGCCAAUCCAAAGAUUACAACUUAGAUUUUUUUUUUCUUCCAUUUUAUUAGCAUAUGGUCGGGGUAAACUUUAGAAAUGUGUACAGAUACAAAUAAUCAGACAAUUAACCCAAGCUGCUCCUUCUUGUGAACAGUGCACUGCUGUACUGAACAGCACUAUGUGAAUUUUUUAAUCUUUUUAAAAUUUUCAACCAAAUAGUUUACUCAUAAGAAGUAAAUUAAGCAUCGUCAAGUUGUCUGUAGUGAUGCUGCUGCUGAGCAGAUCUGUGGAGAGACAGGGUGGCUGGUUACCUAAAACUUAAAAUCCUGGAGUAUCUUAGCCUUGGUGAUUGUUUCUGGACAGGGUCAAACUUUGAGAAACAAGAAAUAUAAGUGAUUUUUAACCCAGUUCUAUUCACAGUUCUCUAGUAUUAUAUGAUAGUAAAUUUAAGAACACACAUUAUUCAUUAUUGCUUAACAGAACUAACAUGAUGAUUUUGUUAGUCAUAUAUUUUGGUUACUAAUUUAUAUCCAUGUAAUGUUUCUUUUUUCCCCCUCAGUGUCCCUUCAUCACAGGAUGUCAGUCAUGUUAUCAGGCGAUACUGUGACUUUGCUGGUCACUGGCACCAUCCAGUGGCUUUCAGAGAAUCACAGCAUUUGAUUUUUUUUUUUCCUUUUUUAUCUGACAUGUAAAUACAUGACUAUCACAUUCAUUCUAAUGGCAUUGUAUUAAUACAAUAUUUUGUUCAGUGAUCAUUAUUAUUUACGUAAUAUUUUUUGUUGUCAUUUUAAUGAGUCUUGGUGUGAACUGCGUAGGUGGUAACGUAUCUGUUACUUUCCCUUUUUCUCAACUUCCUGUCAGCAACUAACAUUCCAACACAUGGUGUAUCCGCUGAAAAAGUUGCAAAUUAGAGGUUAAGAUCAACUUGAACUAAAAGGGCCUAUGUAAAAUGAAGUGUAAUAUAUUUGUGUUUAGCAGAAGAUAGUAAAACAAGGCUGGCUUAUAUAUGUUUGCAUUGACUCGAUUCAACAGUGUCUGAUGUUAAAGGUGAACUACGGCUCACCGUUAAAGAAAAACAGCUUUAUUUUUAGUGGCUUUUGAAUAGAUGUCAGAUCCCCCUCAGGGACAUUGACUCUAUUCAUCAUAAAAAUAACAUGAACGUUCAGCUCAAUGGAAAUACAUGUAAAAUACUGAAUCAUUGGAGUUGGAUAUUUUUCUUCUGAAGUAUGGAGAGACGCCAUAUGUAACUGAACAUCAGGUAUGCAUGGAAAAGUUAGAGGAGGAUAUUAUUACAAAAAUAAAAAAAUUAAAAAAAACAAUAAAGAGAGAAUAAAGUGAUAGAGGUUGAGUUGAAGACUAGUAGUAAAGGUCAGAUCUCCAACCUGGAUGUGGUUAUCCACGCAGGAGGAAACCUUCACACAUUGAUUUUCCAUAUUGAUUUCUUUUUGCUUAGCCACUCGGAAAUGUGCAACUACAAGAUCCAGACCUCUUGUACUGGUUCAAACCCAGAUGUGGAGCACACAAAAGCUUCAGAGGGGCCAUCCAUAUCAGAAGAGUGGUGAAUGUUCUCAAAUGUAACUUGAAAUGUCAGGUUUUAGAGAAUCGAAAACUGAACUCAUCAAUUCAUCCAUUCAAAGUGUUUUACAGUAAAACAUCUACCCAACUUUUAAACUGUUUGAUUAUCAAUAUCUCCGGCAAAUUAUUAGCUUAAUUCAGAGUUGCACAGGAGGUGAUUUUAACUGAUUAAACAUACUGAAAUAUGCAGAUCAGUUAGGAAAAUCUGCAGUGUGAAAAAUGGACUUCAACUCAACUUUGAUGCUAAGUUUACAUUUUUCCUGCAGUUUGGAUUUUUUGUUACUGGUAUUAAAGGGAGUUUUCUUAUACUGAGAGUACAUGCAGGCCUCCUGAGGAUGAUCCUUCAUGAUGUGAAAAUGAAAAAAAAGGAGUGUUACGAUAUCAAAGUCUGUAAAAAAAAAUAUUUUCUAUCAGUAUGUACAGUUGUGUACUGUUGGCUAUAUUUGGCAAAUUUUAAGAAUAUUAAAAAGCAGUACAGUUAGAUAAUAGUUUGUAUGUUUUUUUUCUUUUCUGUUUUUUUCCUGUUUUGUAAAAGCAGUGUCUACUAUGCAAACUUGGCAUUGGUUGUCAUGAUAGAAGUCUAUAACUAGAGCUGUCCUUGUAAGUGCAUUUUUAUUUUACUAUUAUAAGUGAUUUGAUUUGAUUAGUGUGAGAUAGUGUUGGUCCAUUUUAGUUCAUUCUGGCACGCUUCAAGAGUUUUGCUCAAUCUUGCUGACUGCUUGCCUCUCUAUCUCCUCUAAUUGUUUUCUGUACAAAGUGUAAGAAAGAAUUUUUAAGACAAUUAAUAAAUUAUAUUUAUAAGCAAUGCUGAAAA